AUGAGUGCAAUAGUUGCGAUAGAAAGAGAAGAAGAAAUUGAGGUCAAUAGUGACGACAACAUUAUGUUUGCAAAUCUCCAAUCUCUGAGAUUAAGGAAUUUAUUAAAGUUAAAGGGCUUCCUUUCUGUUGUUGAUUCUCUUGUACUUUUCAAUGGGAAGGUUGUCUUUCCAAACUUAGAGGAAUUGGAAAUAAAGUGUAUGGAUAGCAUGAAGAUGAUUUGGCCCGACCAACUCAUUUUAGAUUCCUUUUGCAAACUGGAAAAUUUGACUGUUUCAAAUUUCACAAAUCUUACAAAUAUUCUUCCAUCCAAUAUGCUGAGAACACUCCAGAAUCUAAAACAUUUGAAGAUAGAUAGUUGUGGCUCCAUAGAAGAGGUAUUUGAUAUCCAACGGACAAACAAUGUUGAAGAAACACAUGAUAUAGCAGCCACUGAACUUAGAUCCUUAAAAUUAAUAAAUCUAGGAAAAUUGAAGCACGUGUGGAGUAUGGAUCCUCAAGGAAUAAUCACCUUUGCGAAAUUACGUAAAAUAGAAAUUGGGGGUUGUUCCAGUCUAAAAAGUGUUUUUCCAACAUCUGUGGCGAAGGCUCUUAUGCAACUUGAGGAGCUAGAGAUAAAUGAUUGUGCAAUGGUGGAGGAAAUCGUAGCAAAAGAAGAAGGAAUAGAGACAACCACUUUGUUUGAAUUCCCACAAUUGAAAACUCUAAUACUUCGUAAUUUGCCUGAACUCAAGAGUUUUUAUCAAGGAAAGCACAUAUUAGAGUGUCCGUUGUUGAAUUACUUGCACAUUUCCAAAUGUGACAAACUGAAAAUAUUUGGUUCCAAUAAGGAAAGCGUCGAAGAAACAAAUGGGCUGGGCCAUGAUGUUGAUGUAAUUCAAGACCUCUUCUUUUUCGGCGAAAAGGUUGUCUUUCCAAACUUGGAGGAAUUGGAAAUAAAGUGUAUGGAUAGCAUGAAGAUGAUUUGGCCCGACCAACUCAUUUUAGAUUCCUUUUGCAAACUGGAAAAUUUGACUGUUUCAAAUUUCACCAAUCUUACAAAUAUUCUUCCACCCAAUAUGCUGAGAACCCUCCAGAAUCUAAAACAUUUGAAGAUAGAUAGUUGUGGCUCCAUAGAAGAGGUAUUUGAGAUCCAACGGAUAAACAAUGUUGAGGAAACACAUGAUAUAGCAGCCACUGAAUCCUUAAAAUUAAUAAAUCUAGGAAAAUUGAAGCACGUGUGGAGUAUGGAUCCUCAAGGAAUAAUCACCUUUGCGAAAUUACGUAAAAUAGAAAUUAGGGGUUGUUCCAGUCUAAAAAUUAUUUUUCCAACAUCUGUGGCAAAGGCUCUAUGCAACUUGAGGAGCUAG